AUGCCGGAGUGGGAGAAUGCGAGGGUGCCCGUGCCAGAGGGCGCGUACCCGCUGUUUCUGACAAACACGACGCAGGCCAACUUCAAGUGCCGUGAGCGCGAGGAUUGCACCUCCGCCCAGCCGUACGUCUUUGUCUCCAAGAAGGUUUUCCUCGACGACAUUCAGUUCCGCGGCGUCAUCUCCGAUUUUCAUCCGACCAAAAAGUACAUUGAGAAAUACCCUGACGGAGUGGACGUGCAGGAGGAUGGCACGUCAGGGCUGCUGCUCGUCUGGGACGAGGACGAGGACUACGGGCAGAACUUCUACCUUGUGCACUCUGUGGAGCUCAAGGAGGCGGUCGUCGCCAAGUGGGCGGCUGCCGGCGAAGGCGAUGCCGCGGGUGAAAGCGGUGGCGCUGGGGCGAUGGAGGAGGAGGAGGAGGAGGCGUACGUGCCACCAGUCUCCAAGCCGUGGGUGUCGCUCGGGUCGGAGCAGGAGCUUGAGAACGAGGCUGUGGUCGAGGGGCGCGGCCGUUUCAUCUUGCACCUCUCGCGGGCGCGCCGCCUCUUUGGCGCAAAGCCGCGGGCAUUCUUCGACCGCGACGCCGACGCCGACCCUUGCAUCAGCGAGAAUGAUUGCCGCCCCUUCACAGACCUGAAGUUUGGAGGGUUGGUUCGCGAGGACCGAUCGGUGGGAGUGCAGGCGGUUCCCCUGGUUGCGCCAGCCGCGACUCAAACAAACAGCCGGCGUCAGGUCAAUGUGGCGGCGCAAUACGACGCGCGCGAGCUGAGUGCGGGAGCACGGAGGGCAACGGAGCGAUCCGAGCCCUUCCGCGCAUUCCUGCGACGGGUGCGCGCGCCGUGCGAGCAAGCGCUGCAGCAGAACGAGCUCGUCGACAUAACAGCCGACGACUUUGCAGAGCUUGCAGACGACGAAACGUCGCUCGGAAAGUCUGACGCGAAUCUGCGCGAGCUGCAGCACUUUUCGCACCUCGACUACUGCGUCGACCGCACAAUCGCGUGCGCUGACUGGCUCCCCACGCCCAAGGCACUCGUUGUCGGCGUCUCUUGUGUGCAGCGCCUCAGCUUUGAGGAGCGGGUCGCCAUCGCCGGCAAGAUUCACACCGGGUUCGUGCUGCUGUGGAACUUCUCGGACCCGAUCACGCCGCAGAUGGUGCUGGAGGCCCCGAGCGACGUACUCUGCUUCCGCUUCUGCCCCACCAACCCUGAUUUGGUCGCCGGCGGACUUGCGUCGGGGCAGACGGUCGUAUGGGACCUAGCCGCCGCCCGACGCGAGGCGCAAGAGCUGCACGCGGACACGGGCAAGGAGCUCGACAAGCAGGAGGAGGGCUCGAGCGCAGUGGUGGCUCAGCCGGCCUUCCUCUCUCAGGUCGACCUCUCCCACCGGGCUGCGGUCACCGACAUUGCGUGGCUGCCAUCGGCGCUCGAGGUGUCGGAGAAGGGCAAGAUCUCACGCGAGUCUGAGCCUGGCGCGCAGGAGCUCUUUGCCACCACCGCGGCGGACGGGCAGCUACUGUUCUGGGACAUCGGCCGCGCGAGGGAGCUGCGGCGAGUCCUGGCCGCGGGCGGGGAGGAGUCGCCAGCAAAGAAGAAGAAGCGCGAGGGCUGGGGCCCCACCCACCGCCUGCCGCUCAAGGCGCCUGCCGCUCAAGGCGGGGCGGAGCUCGCCUGCAUCUCGAUGGCGCUCAGCGUGCCUGAGGACCCGGCCGCACCGUGCGAGCUCUUUUGCGUCACCGAGGAGGGCGAGGUUGCUCGGGUGAGCCUCGCCAACCCGGGCUCCGAGGCCGCCGAGAGAGGAGUCACCUCAGUGCUGCCCGGGCACUGCUCGCCGUGCACCGCCCUCUGCCGCUCGCCUUUCCACGCGGACGUCUACCUCUCUGUGGGCGACUGGAGCUUCUCGCUCUGGAGGGAGGGCGUCGAGCUACCUCUCUUCAGCUCGCCCUUCGCAUCGGCGCUGCUGACGUGCGGCUGUUGGUCACCCACGCGGCCGGCGCUCCUAUUCGUUGGCCGUGCGGACGGAGCGGUCGACGUUUGGGACCUCAACGACCGGUCACAUGAGCCGUUCCUGUCCGUCGCGGUCACAUCCGCCGCGAUUACGACGCUCCAUAUCCACACUGCUGGCACGAAGCAGCUCCUGGCAGUGGGCGAUGACCUUGCCGCACUCCAUGUGAUGGAGGUGCCACGGAGCCUUCGGCGCCGCACAAACAGCGAGAAGGACCAGAUGACCAGCUUCCUCGCGCGCGAGCAGCGCCGAGUCGAGUAUGUGCAGAAGCGGGCGGGGGCACGCGGCGAGACGGCCAGCACAGAAGCGGCGGCAGCGACGGGUGAGCCGGAAGAUGAAGCUGACACGAUGGGCGAUGAUGAGCCGACCGCGACUGACCCUGAGGGGUCUGAGGCGGACUUCCUAGCGAUAGAAGCAGCUUUCUUGGAGAGGAUGGGCUUGAAGAGAUGA